GUCCCGCUGGAGAAAAAAAAAAUACACCUGCGAGAGGUGUCCAGGGGAGACCAUCUCGUGCGCCUCCUUGGCGGGUCAUCCUCCUUCCGGUUUGUCCACAUUCUUGCCUGCUCGCCUCCAAGAGCGCAGCCCUCCAGACGGGUUACAUAACCGGGCCACUGCCCGCAGGCACACCGCCCUGGAGCGUAAUAUUUGCACAGGGCAGGAAUCCGCAAGGGAUGAUGGCUGGGCCGGACAUGCCAUGCUCCCCCGACAGCCGAAACAUCAGCCCGAGUUCUACGGUUUUGAAUCUCAGCGACACCGACCUCGGAGCGGAGGAUGAAGAGAAAAUCUGUGCCGUGUGCGGAGACCGGGCCACCGGCUACCACUUCCACGCCAUGACCUGUGAAGGCUGCAAGGGCUUCUUCCGGCGGACCGUCCUGAAGGGCACCCAGUUCACCUGCCCUUUCGCCCGCAGCUGCACCAUCACCAAAGCCAAACGCCGGCAGUGCCAGGCCUGUCGGUACCAAAAAUGCCUGGCCGUGGGCAUGAAGAAAGACAUGAUCAUGUCCGAGGAGGCGCUGUGCGCGCGCCGGGAGCUGCGGCGUCAAAAGCAGCACGGCGAGCCGAAUCCUCCGGCACAGCAGACCGAAAAGGGCAGCCUCACGGCGGAUCAACAGGAGUUGAUCGAGAUCCUCUCCGAAGCCUACAAGAAAAACGUGGACUCCAGCUUUUCCCAGUUCACGUACUAUCAACCUUCUGUGCGCCUGCACAUCCAAAGUCCAAAAUCUCAGGGUGUCGCCUCUUCCUCUCCUUCUCAAGAGCCGACGGACGGCGGUCUAGAGGAAGUCCUGCCGGACGUCUUCUCCGUCUUGCCGUGGCUUGCCGAUCUCAGCACCUUCAUGAUCCAGCAAGUGAUCCAGUUUGCUAAAGGCAUCCCGUUUUUUAGAGCCUUACCAGUGGAAGAUCAGAUUUCUCUCCUGAAAGGAUCCACCCUUCAGAUCUGCGCGAUCCAGUUCAACAUGACCUUUGAUCUGGAAAACAAUGUUUGGGUGUGUGGCCCCCACUGCUAUUCGGUCAAACAGGGCACCCGGGCCGGUUUUCAGCAAACCCACCUGGAGCUGGUGCAGAAGUUUCAUGUCAGCUUACGGAAGCUGAAUUUACACGACACCGAAUAUAUUCUUUUGCAGGCUUUGCUGCUGUUCUCUCCCGACGACGUGACGGUCACGCAGCGAGAGGCCGUGGACCAGAUCCAGGAGAGAAUUGCGCUGACCCUCAAAAGCUACAUCGACCACUGCCACCCUCUGCCCGAAGGCAGGUUCCUCUAUGCCAAACUUCUCCUGCUGCUGACGGAGCUACGGACCUUGAAAGUGGAGGGCAAGCGCCAGAUUCAACACAUCCACAGCAGCGAAGACCUGAUCUCUAUGAUGCCGCUGCUUUCAGAAAUUAUCAGCUGAACGCUCGAAGGCGGAGGGGCCGGUUUUCUUGCUCUGCAAGUUAAAUUGCCUUUGCAGGCCAUUCAAAAUUGUGCUCGCCUGGAGAAAAGGCCCAGCUGGCCGACUUCCUGCCUGGGAUAGGCCUAACUUCCUGUUUGAAAAGGAAGCUUCCCGGUCAGCAUUAAGGCAACUCUUUUUUUUCACACUAAGACUUGAAGACCAGUAGCUGAGCCCUCUCUCUGGGUGAGCACCGUUUAGGCGUUUGUAAGAUCUGGCUCCAGCAGGUGGGGCUUCCAGAUAGGAGAAGUAUGGGAUUUGUAGUAAAAAGAAAUUUGAAAUGCAUGCUCCUAGUCCCUCUGCUUCAAAAGAGGUCUGCCAUCCUCUUGAGCUAAGGAUCUAGUGGUAUGUUAAGGACCAGCACAUUUUAUUUGGCUUAAGCACUCAUGGAUUGUAGUCCGGUUCUCCAGAAGCAUAAGAUACAGACUCAGAAGGUAUGAGUUCUUAAAAACUAAAAGUGGAUUUCCGGCCACUUUUCUGCUUGUUUUCUUUUUUCUUUCUCAUUUUUGGCCAAAGAUGUGGUUCUGGAUGAACCUAGGGCAGGAAACUAGUCCUCAUGAAGCGAUCAAACGUGCCCACCUCUGCUGUCUGUCAUGAUUUAGAAACGUGACCCGUGUGUGCUUUAACGCCGCGGAAUAAGGCAUUUUAAUCUCUUGCUCUCCCUUAACAGCACUUCAACGGCGAAUUAAAAGGACUGGUUUUAUAUUUCCAUUCCUCAUACGGAUGUCUCUUUUCACUGAGAGUGUUUCUUCUCCUGGUCCUCAUGUUUGACCAACUGGAUGUUUGCCAAAAGAAACCACCAAGAAGAAUCUGUGUUUGGCAGCUAAAAAAGCUUCAUAAAGGAGGGUUGCUGCAGUGAGCAUCUUGGGUGCGGAAAACAACAACUGUACAUCUUAGUGUCAAUGAAAAAUUUGUGUCCAUGUGCGAUUGCUUGUCCAUCAUUCCGAGAGCGUGAACCCCUAGCUGUGUAUUUCUGCCAAUGUAUGAUAUUACAGAGGAUAUAUAUCUGACUGUGGCAGAUCUCCUAGACAUGAAACUUGACCCACUGAAACUUGGCUU